AUGUCUGUUUCUGCGGCCUCAACCUCAAAUGCGAAUAGCAGCAGUAAUGAGCCAGUAACAACUAGUGGCAGUGCCCUGGGAACAUCAGAAAAUCCAUCUGCAUCGGAUGAGAAAGCAUCAGUGAUGGACGCGGAGAACAAUCAGAUUGAGGGGUCGCAAAAUGGAGGAGAUUCUUCGGAGCAACACAUUGAUGAUGGGGAUAAUGAUGAUAAUGCUGCUGAUGUUGGUGCUGCUGUGCCGUCAACAAAUGGAUGGGAGUCACCGCGACAGGAAGCAAUUAAUGGAGUAGUACAACCGCGUGUGAUCCCACCGCCAGGUAAGCCUACACGGCAUACAAAUCAAUUGGAAUUCAUGUUGAAGGAAGUUCUGAAACCAGCGAUGCGUCAUAAGCAUGCAUGGCCAUUUAUGAAGCCUGUAGAUGCUGUACGUCUGGGAUUGCCGGAUUAUCACAAGGUGAUCAAGCGUCCAAUGGAUAUGAAUACUAUCGAAAAACGCUUGCGCAAUUGUUACUACUACUCGGCAAAAGAUUGCAUGCAAGUAAGUAGGCCCUUAUUUUUUGAGCUGGAAACGUUGCGUGCGGAGAGAUACUGUUCGGGUCCGAAAUAA